AUGUCUACACCAAUUCUCAAUCCCAAUUCGUCAUCGACAACGAAGACAAACGUCAAUUCCGUACCAACAUCAUCAUUGUCUCAAUAUCAAGUGGAGCUCGGCAAAGUUCUAUGCAAACAUGAUCCAACUGCUAUUCGUAUGUAUGAUUUUAUCAACUACGUUAAAGUCUUUCGUUAUAAUACGCAUGAAUUCCGUUGGGAAAAUCAUUCGACUAUUGAAGGAAAUUUGUUUCUCUACAAAAGAAAACAACUUAUCAACAAUCAAAUGUUUCAAGUUUUCGCAUUUGCUAUUAUUCAAGGAGAUCGAGAUCUAAUUCAACCCAUAUCGUUAGAUAUGACUGAACAGGCAGAUAAACAAUGCAUAUUCUACGAAGUUAAGAAACAUGACGAAUCCUUAGUAUUUAGUUUGCAUUUUUCGAGCGAAUCUGAAUGCCUCCGAAUACAUAAAUUUAUCCAAAAACUAUUACAAUCAAUGAGAGAGCAACAGAAUCAUUUGACUAAUCCCGGUGAACUUCAACACAUACUUGUAAAAGAACAGUCAAUAGCCAGAAAUGAAGAUCCAUCGCAGUUGAUCAUUAAUAGACCAAAUUCGGUUGUACCCCAAGUAGGAUCCUCUCGACAAACAGCGAUGCAUAUCUCUGGAAGACAAUCGACACCAUUAACGAACAGUAAUGAUCCGACUUCAUCAUUGAAACGUUUAUUAAAUAUUCCAAAUGCAAAUAUUUCCGAUAACGAAACGAAUCUUCCGUCAAGUCAAAACUCCAUCAAUCUUAUUCCACCGUCUGCUUUCGCGGUAUUUCCAUCAUCAACUGGUGCUGACUACAGUGAUAAUCAAUUCGUUGCACAAACGAAUCCGGCUAAUGUAUUAAAUCGUGAACAUUUUCGAAAUGUUCUUCUUCAUCUCGUUAGAACCGAUGAGCAGUUUGUUGACAUCAUUCAUCAAGCAUGUCUCAGUUAUUCAACACAAUGA